AUGUUUGCUCUCGUUUCUCUUUUCAUCCUGGGUGUUGGAGCCGCCGCUGCCAUCGAGCUGCCCCUGAGUCCCAUCUACCAUUCCCCGGCGGCAAUUGUGAAGCCCCUGCUGAAGGCUGUUGAGGUGGAGGCUCCCGCCCACUACGACUUCGCCUACUCGGUGCACGACGAACACACCGGCGACAUCAAGAGCCAGACGGAGUCCAGGAAGGGCGACCAGGUGCAGGGCCAGUACACGCUCAUCGACGCCGAUGGAUACCUGCGCACCGUCGACUACACCUCGGAUGCCCACAACGGCUUCAACGCUGUGGUCCGUCGCGAUCCCCUCGGCCAGAAGGUGAUCAAGGCCGCGCCCAUUGCCAAGGUCCUGGCUCCAGUCGCCUACGCGGCUCCCAAGCUGCUGGCCGCCCCCGCCAAGCUGCCCCUGAGCCUUUACCACUAGGAUAAGCUCUGGGAGUGAGCGUGAGAGAGAUAGCCAACACUGACUUCAUCGCAUCGACGACGACCUAUCCGCA